GUUAUCAUCGUGUGUGACAUGAGGCAUCGAGGGUAUGUAUAUAUAGUUACCUCUGCAGGCUGAAGUGUCCAGGUGCCGAGUUUACCCUCAGCCCGCUUCCAGUUCCAGUGCCUUGGUUGAACGUGUAGAACGUUCUCUAAUUGCCUCUUUCUGCGCGAGAACACAGAUUUUUAGGGAAAUAUUCGGGGGAUCUCCUGUGAUGUCUACCAUCCGAACUACGAAGUCGGAAGGAUCCGGCAAGGUUGAAGGUUCUCAAGAGCAAACCUCGCCGGAAGUUCAUUCAAAUGUAGUACGCCAGCCUUCGCAUCAGAGCCCACAUCCGGGGAAAACUAGUGAUCAGCCAACGAGUCAAUUGACACACCAUGCUUCGCACAGAAGUACUGCCCCGCAUGAUGCCACCGUCCAUUCGGAUGCACCGAAUCCUGUGCACACGGGUGCCCCUGUUGGGGAAUCGCCGAAGCACGCGGACGCCUCGCCUGCUGGCCAGACAGGUGAUGGAACUCGGGCUGAGGCUGACCAUGAUGUUCUGUCGCGCGCACACACCGUUUCCAGUCCCCACUCCGGAUCACACCAACGUAAGGCCACGGAACCCAGCCCUGCCGCUGAAAAGGUACAUGAGGUUCACCGCCACACCCCUGAUCCUACGCAUAUUUCGACCACACACCCAAUGCCAGGUCUGCACUCUGGCACACAUGAGUACGCCCAGACCCGUUACGUGGAGAUGUUACUUGCACUAGACGACAUUCCGAACCUGUACAAGGUGUUGGCGGCAUUCUUCACCUGGAUAUUGUUGGCUGGUUUUAUUCUAUUUCCUGGGACAUUCGCGACGUGGGCAGAUAAACCGGCCGGUACUACUGAACAUGAGCUUGCUUCCAUAAUCAACAACGUACCAUUGCUGGUGAUCGCAUGGGUGUGUACGGGCAUUGGAGGAUUAGGAAUGCUUUGGCUAUGGUGGCGAUGGAGAAAGAAUUAUGUUUGGAUUGUCAACAGGAUCUUCGUCCCCGGUCUUUUGAAUUCUCUCGCAGGACUAAUUUCUACGUUGACUAAUAUUUACAGCAGCGCAGGCUCUUUAUCUGGCACCAGUGGUUUCGGCAACCUUGGCGCUUUGAUCAGCUCGUCUGCACUGUCAACCAUCAUUGUUACGGGUGCCAUUAUGGUGAUUUGUGCCUUGAUGGUGUUGAUAUAUCAGUUCGUGUUGAUACGGGGACUCAGAAAAGAGCACGAAAGGAUAGAGAGAGAGAGAGAGACUGGAAAGGGAAGCAAGGAAGUUUGAGGAAAAGAUUGGAUGGUGUAGUCUAUUUUGUCAUU